CUUCAACACAGUUCGGGACGUCCAAGUCCUCGUUCUCAAUAUCACCAUUUGCAAGGUCAAGCUUUGAAGCAGGGCCGCGCUUCGCCAAUUCAACCUUCUUCCAUCCCUACAUCUACGUAUCCGCCAGGAAGCAAUAUCCAACAUUCUCAUAGCGCCUACGGACCAUCAUCUCAGGAAGCGCCAUAUUAUUCUAACCAACCCUCUUCAUAUACCCCCACAACUGCAUCCGCACAGUAUUCUUCCACCGGUAAGUCCAAUAACUUCGUUUUAUGGAGACUGAUGAAUAAACUAGGACCAGACCACAUGGCCGCCACCACCCAAAUGCAGCGGCCUUACCCCCCAAUCUACCACACUCCUCAAUCCAACUCUCCAGCAUCCGUAGCUUCGCAGCCACAUGAUCAGCAUGCACGCAACAUCUACACGCAGUCACCACAGAUGCCGCCCCAGAUGUACGGCUACGCGCCAUAUUCGCCUAUGAACCCGAUUCAACCACCAUAUGCGCACCCUUCACCCCAGUCGCAUACUCUCACAUCGCAAUCCAUGAUGAUGCCGCCGCAGACGACCACUGCGCAAAUGUCACCACAUCAACCAUCGCGCACCCCCAACACAGCUUUGUCCAGCAGCCCCGCUAUGAAAAUGGAUUCAAACCCUCAAGGAGUGCAACGACCAAUGCUCAAUCCUCCUCUCCCAAGUGCCAGUAGCACUGGAAUGUCCGGUGCCGGUAUGCACCAGAAUUCACCAAUGGGAGCGAGCUCUAGUGCAGCCCCAGGACCCAUCCCAGCCACAACUCCACUUGUUGUACGACAAGAUGGCAACGGGGUUCAAUGGAUCGCCUUCGAGUACUCUCGAGAUCGGGUCAAGAUGGAGUAUACGAUCCGCUGCGAUGUGGAAUCCGUGAACGUGGACACUCUUAGUCAAGAAUUCAAAACCGAGAAUUGCGUAUAUCCUCGCGCAUGCUGCGGCAAGGACCAAUAUCGAGGAAAUCGGCUGGUCUACGAGACCGAAUGCAACGCCGUCGGCUGGGCGCUCGCUGAUCUCAAUCCUGCUCUCCGCGGCAAGCGCGGUCUCAUCCAGCGCGCAGUUGACAGCUGGCGAAACAGCAACCAGGAUCCUCGACUCCGUAGCCGCAGAGUCCGGCGCCAGGCCAAGUUGAACCGUCGCCAGUCUGUGCCCACUGUUACUCCUCAUAUGGCGGCCGCUGCGCCUGUUGGACCGGGUCUGCCUAGCACAGCAAUGCAAGCCCCGGGUUCUCGGCAAAAUAUCGGACCCAUGUCUAUGGGCCCACCUCAGCUGCAUCACCAUCAUGCUCAACAUACUCAGUCGGAUGGCAGUCCAAAGAUGGAAGUUGGUGUUAGCGGCUCUGACUACCCCGGUACUCAGCAUUCUCUUGACACCCGUCUUCCCACCCCUCUGAUCCCCGACAUCCGACCCGCACAUGUCUUCCAUGAUACCGCCGUGCCCGCCGGACACACUGGCCCAGCCAUGCCACCACUGAUGCGCGACAGCGGACAUGACGCACUAAGUCGACGCCCAACAAUUGCGACAUCCAGCCGCGUGGAUACAGGCGUCGAUGUCGACGACGAGCAAAGUCCCGAUAACAAUGACCUCUUCGGCCAACUGCCCGAGGGCAAGAAACGCACAUUCAUCCUGGUCGAAGACCCGCACCGCGGAUCUCGUGUCCGAGUCAAGGUCAUGCUGGAUAAAGUCAAGAUGGAGGAAAUCCCAGACUCAUACCGCAAGUCUAACGCCGUGUAUCCGCGGACCUACUUUCCUGUACAGAUGAAAGACGCUCCGGGCCGAGUCCUCACCGGACGACGGUUCUUCGGUGACGACACCGAGCAAGUCGACGAUCCUGCUGACUCCACUGUUGGCCGCACCACAGUCCCCGCACCUUCCUUAGACGGCGAGCGAGACAUUGAAGUACCCAAGCUUUCUCGGCGGCGCCACCGUAACGAAGUCCUCCUGAAUGACCUCGGAUACCGACUUAGCUGGAGUCAGAGCCGGGUGUUCGCAGGCCGGAUGCUAUUUUUACAGCGAUCGUUGGAUGCCUACCGGAAUAAGAUGCGCAGUAGUAUGCUCGCUGCGGGUCAGGACCCAUCGGAGAUUCCAGAACAUUUCGAUACUCGGCGUGGGAAGCGAAGGUUCCUAGAGCGUGGAGGUCGUCGGUUGGAGCCUGGGGCGCAAUCUGCUGCUCAACGCAGUGCGGAGGAGGUAGAGGGAUAA